AUGCAGACUUCAAAAGAAUUCACAAACAAAAGCAACAAGAUGGACAUAAGUGCUAUUCUGGAAAAGGCUGCUGGUGGCCAGUCCAUUCUCGGUGAACUUGAAGAAGGUGGACCACAGAGUGCCUCUAACAGACGAAGAAUGGUGAGAAUAGUUGUAUCCCACCUCAUGGAGAAAUAUGGAAACAAACCAUCUGCUGAUCAGAAGGUGGGCAUGGCAAUAUCCAUGAUUCAACAAUUUCCAGCACUGAAAGAUGUUGAAGGACCUGGUUAUGAAGCAUGGUAUACACCAGCAGUAGAGGGUGAACAUGCAAAGGGCUUCAUCGAAGAAAGGUUGAAAAAUGUGAGAAAGAGAAUGCCAAAGCAAGGGUGGACAUCUUUGGAACCUUCAAGUUCAAGUGAGGAGAACCAGAAAGAACCAUCAACCAAGGAAAAAAUUGAAGAACUAAAAUCUAAAGAAAAAGAUAUGGAGCCGGAGAACUUAGAAGAAAUGAAGCAAUGGCUUCAACAUAAUAAUAGCCCUAUCCCUAAAGUGGUGGAAUUCAUGAAGAAGACUGCACUGAAAAGACAAGAAGAAAUUCACUCAGAGAAGAAAUCUACCGUGCAUGACAUCGAGUUGCAAUGGCCUCGACUCUUUGAUGUCCCUAACAUGAUAGAUGGUGAUUUCAGAGCAGUUCAUGGGGAUGUGUCUGACAGAUUAAUCAUGAAAUGGACUCAAGAACUGGCAAAAAAACUACUGCAGUAUGGAGAAAAGCAAAGUCCACAAGUGCAAGCCGAUAUAGAUGAUCAAAGUGCACAGGAUGCAGGUCUGACAGCACUGCCCUUGAUACUGCCUACAGGAAAACUGUCAAACGCAAAGAAAUCCAGGGCUACGGUGAAAGAAGCAAUGGAGUCCUUCAUUGAUUUUCAGCCGAUAGGGACAAACCUCCCUCAAUACUUGGAUGGACUCAUGUCAAAGAGGCGGCAACCAUUUGUCUUGGCCCACAGAAAGCGCCAGCACAAUAUUUUGCUGUGGUUGAAGGCUGUUGAUGUGUGUUUCAAGUUGUUUUAUGUACUUGACCUGGAGGCUGUUGAUGUGUGUUUCAAGUUGUUUUAUGUACUUGACCUGGAGUAUCCAUCUGCGUGCUAUACUACAUGGGAGUUUAUUCAAAAAGUUCUGUACCAGGUAAAUGCCAAAGACAGGAACACCUCCUCCUGUGUGAGGUCAUUAAGGACAUAUGUCCUUCAUACUUAAUUUCAACCAUUUAAUGGUCAAUGUCAGUUCAGCAGAACUCAAAAUUCUGAUAUGUCUCCUAAUUUGGAUAUGUCUGUAUGCCAUGUAUGAAAUUCAAUACUAAAAUGGAUUUUACAAGUUCAGGUAUCGAGGUACGUCAAUUCCUCAAGGCAGCAGCUCCACGUGCGUACUUAAGCAGCAUCUUCAAUUGCUUGCGUGUGUACGCAUGCGCCUUUAGGGUUCCUUUGUGACAUCAGAUAAAUGCGUAUCAAUUUCACUGCCUAUCCUUUUCAAAUCUAUUUUAAUCAUUCGUAUACAGGGGGGUACAAAGGGUAUCCAAAUUCCAAUACCACAUUUUGAUUUUAAAUUUUGCAAGCAACAAAACAAACAAAAUUGCAAAGUGGCAAGUAUGCCAACAUUUUCAUUUUGUCUGCUAAAUACCUCUGCGUUUUAAAUUGUAUCUCUGCAAAUUAAUGCUAGUGGCUUUAGAAGAUGGGUUUGUGACAAAAAGCUCAAACUUGUCAUUUUUGUGGCAAAUUAUGGUUUUUCGUUCAGUUAAAUUUAUAGACUAGGUUUAAGCCAAAAUGUUUGCACAGAUAACAUUUAAUGUACAUAAGUUAAUAUAUAGCAGACACAUUAAGCAAGUUUUGACAUAAUUACCACUGUGUGAUAUUGUUUUCUUGACAUUAAUAUUCUGGUAGCAGAAUUCAAAGACCUUAGCCCUCAUUCAUUAUACUAUGCCAUAACCAAGGCGCAUAUCCAAAUUGUGAUUCGUAUUUUGAGUUCCGCGAGUUGAUGUUAUUUAUACCACUGGAUGUACUGAACUACAUAGGCCCUUCAAACUAGAAUUUAAUGAAAAUGAAAAUAAUAUGCUGAACUGCAUACUUAUCAAUGUUUAGCUUGGGAUCAUUGUACUAACCUUGGUGUGAUUGUGAGAGGAGAGGGUGGCCACUCAUGUGUAUACUUUCAAAAAUGACCCCAAGCUAGGAUUCACCAAAAGUGGUCAAAUUUACCCCAAACAAGGAUUUUAAUUGACAAAAAACACCCCAAACAAGGGGUAAAAUACCAUGUGAUCACAAGGUGUGAUUGCGCCAGUGAAAUGACUAGAAUCUAUGAAUAAGUGAUGUAAUGUGUGGUAAUUGAGUUGUAUUGCCUUUUUACAAUUGAAGUGUUACAAAUAGCAAGUUUUACUUUUACUGAUGGAAUUAUAAUAC